AUGACUGAGAAGUGCGUUCACAAGGCGUGUGGGAAAUCUUUUAGCGAUCCCGAGGAGAAGUGCGUGUAUCAUCCAGGCCCUCCGGUGUUCCACGAGGGGCAGAAAGGCUGGAAAUGCUGCAAGCCCCGCGUGUUGACCUUCGAGGAAUUCCUCGCCAUCCCGCCAUGCACAACUGGCAAGCAUUCCACUGUCGAUGAUACCCCAGCCCCCGAGCCCAAGAAGGUCGAGGAGGCCCCUCCUCCUCCAGUCGAGAAGAAAAAUGAGCGCCCACCAAUCGCUACCCCUCCUGCUACUGCGACUGCCGCGCCUCCCGCCAAGCCGGUGAUCGAAGAACCCGAGUCUGACGACCCUGACGUGGAGGUUCCCGCGAACGCUACGUGCCGUCGCAGAGGCUGCGGUGCCUCUUACAGCGGGUCGACCGCUCGCGACGAGGAGAAGUGCGUGCACCACCCGGGCCACCCCGUCUUCCACGAGGGCAGCAAGGGAUGGUCAUGCUGCAAGCGCCGAGUGCUAGAGUUCGACGAGUUCUUGAAGAUUCCCGGGUGCACCGAGAAGACGAGGCACAUGUUCGUAGGCAAGGCCAAGGGUGCCGGUGAAGAGAAGGUGGAUUCUGUCAGGAAUGAUUUCUACCAGACUCCCACCGCCGUCAACGUCUCCCUCUACCUCAAGAAAAUUGACAAGGAACGCGCCAAGGUUGAGUUCAGCGCGAACUCGAUCGUCUUCGACCUCCCCACCACGGACAACAAGCGGUACCAGGAUACAUAUACACUGUUUGCGCCCAUUGACCCUGAGCAAUCCACGUUCCGCGUCUUGGGCACCAAGCUGGAUCUGAAGCUCGUCAAGGGCGAUGGCACCAGCUGGCCUGUGCUGCGCAGCGAUGAUAAGUGGGAUGGGCAACGCAUCCAGAUUGGAAAUGCUGGACAUGCAUGA